GCCCUGCAGCCUCGCGGGGAUUCGGGCAGCAUGGACUUCAGCCCCAAAGAGUCGCCCCUCUACGGCGGCGCGCGGGUCCUCGUGACGUGCGCCGAGGGGACGCUGCCGCCGGGCGACGCCGACUUCUUCCUGGUGUUCGACGGCACGGCCAGCCGCCACGUGGCGCCCGCCACUCGCCUCAACGGCUGCACGCUGCAGGGGUUCACACCAGGCCACGACCGCUGCGAGUACGUGGGCCUCUCCCUGUGGGCGUGGCCGCGAGGCGCCGCCGGCCCCAGCCGACUGACCGGGGCCGGCGCCUCGGGGUGCCCUCAGCCGGCGGCGCCGGCGGCGGCGACGGCGCGCUUCGCGUUUGCGCGCGACCUGGCGUGCGCCGUGGCGGCUCAGCUGGCGCGCUGGCCGGGCGAGCGGCUCGACUCGCCGCUGCUGGCGGGGCUGGACGCGGAGCAGCUGGCGCGCCUCGACCCGGCCGUGGCGGCCGCCCUGCAGCACCUGCGCGCCAGCGGGGAGCUGGCGCUGCCCGACGAGAAGCGGCACGCGCUGCUGGCCACCGCGCGCCGCCUCUCCCUGCCGUGCGUGCUCUCCUGCCUGCGCGCCGCCUUCCCAGCCGCCACCCUCGCCGGGGACACGGCGGGGGGUCGCGACCCCAACGGGGACGCCGCCGGCGAACGCCCCCCCGGCGCUGCCGAGCGCUGCGAGGCCGCGUGGGUUCCACGCUCCCAGCAUGCCCUGGGAAAGGGCUCCUGGGUGACCUUUCACCCCCACCUGGACGUGGCGAUGCUGAGCAGCAGGAAGGGCGGCCGCAGGGGGACCCAGCGAGGGCCCGAGGCCGACAUCCGGCGCUUGGCCGACGUGCUGGCACGGCGCACGGCCCAGCAGCGCCUCAUCAGCAUUGCUGCCGAGCUGCCAGGUGUCACGGGCAAGGCCCCUCUCUGCGUCAACGACGGCUCCGUCUGCCUGCGUGCGCCAGCGCCUGCGUGCGCCUGUGCCGCUCACCGCCUCGUGCAGCGCCAUGUCACCUCGUCUGCCGAACGAGAGUCUUGA